AUGCUCCCCUUAUUAGUUUGCAGGGUUUCCUGCGCCUUGCUUACUGUUGUCUGGCUGCAGUGCCUUCUCUCUCCAGGUGCUGUAGCCAUAGCAGCGAGGGAGCUGCACAUUUCGACAGCGAAGAGCGUGCCUGCCGCUGAUCCUAAUUCUGAUCCGGUAGGCCAUCUCCCGAUCAGUCGUGGAGAUGACCAUUUGUUUCUUAUAUCCAGCAGAAGCGGGAACGGCUGCAACACAGGGGAUCGGAGGUCGGCUGCAUCGGCUUCGGAGCUGUCUGUUCAUGUUGAGCCGCCAAGAUCAGCCAGGCCAGGCCGGUUCUUCUCUUCUCCCGUAUUAUUCAAAGUAAAGUCUUUUGCGGCAGCGGCGAUUGGAACACUAGCAAUUAUUUACCUGGUGAUGCGUUGCACAGGAAACCGGGGGCUUCCUUCGGUGCGAGGGCAAACGCUGAGGGCACUUUCUGACUCGACAGAAAGCAGCAGCGCCAGCGACGGGGCCAGCGUCAGCAGCGACGUUGAGAGCAGCUCGGAAGGUGACUCCGGGGUGUCUGCUUGUGACGUCUUGAAUGUUGAGGAAAGGCCGGCAUUCUCGGCACCUAGGUGGAAAAUAUCUGAAGAGGAGGUCCACGACAGAGCAUCCUUAUUAUUUAAAGAAGCCAGGGAUUUAAUGGCAUCGGCCCUAAAAGUACUACCUCUUUUCAGGGGGCCCGUCCAUAACCCUCUAACCACGUUGCUUAUCAUCGUGGCCCAGGAACUAGCUUCUGUUCGUUUCCAUGCAGAUCUUUGGGUGCAGGCACGAUGGAGCCCAGCAAUGGGUGAAAUAUUAGAAAGUGGGAGGAAACUUGUGGGCUCUGGGGAGGCUUCGAAAGCCAGUUCUGCCAUGUCGAGGGGCUGCCAAAACGUGCUUUCGUUUUUGGAAAGUCUCGCUGAACAUAAUCCCGAGAAGAACCCGCGGGAGCAGGAACAGGCCCUGAAGGAUCUGUUAGCUGCUGUGACAAUGGCGCGGGCUGCAUUCCAUCAAUGCGCAGUUGCUCUUUCCGUUCUUUUACCAUGGACAGAGGCGAAAGCGCAGAAAGCAGCAGGAAUCGAGGGUAGAGGGGCCAGAGGAAGAAAAGGUGACUCGCGCGUCAUACCAAAAGAACUGGAGGCGCCAUUGACGGCAGUGUUGACAACGGUACAAUUGGCUCGCCGUGAAGCAUUGCUGUCUGACCCCGAGUUAAGUGCUUGGAUAGAAGUUUGCGAACGAAAACUUAGACAAAAAAUUAUAGCAAACUCAAAAUUUGGCCGCGCAGCCACUACCGCUUCUCCGUUAGUAGCUCAAAUGAGUGAACUCUUAAGAAGCUGUGAGGAUCCCGUACGAAAAUUGCGUACCGCCCACGAUGAUGCGUUCAAAAGCUCCCUCAGCGACGAUUCUACGCCCGUCGUGGCCACAAAAAAACGGCCAACGAGAACAACAGAGCGGUCUUGGGCCGUAGCAGUAAGAGGGGCCCUGAGGAGAGAUGGAAGUCAAACUUCUACCAGUUCCUCUAGCUCUUCUAAAGCCAAGCAUGCAGACGCAGCUGCAGUACAAGCCGAAAUUUCAGGAGGACAGUCUAGGCCGUCUCGGAAAAAAAGAACUGAACCUACAGUACUGUGGCUACCCCCAUAUUUUCCGAUGCCUGGCGUAUUGUCGUUGGCACCCGACGGAGGCUUACGAUUCCCCGCACUUCCUCUAAUUCGCAGGCCUAAUAUGGACCCCGUAUCUUGGCCUUUAAUUACAAGUAGUCCGUGGCUUUCCCUACCCGGAACAAUCCCAAAGACUUCUCCGACAGCAUUGGCUUUGGAGGCGCCUGCAGCGGCCCCAAAGUAUUUGCUCAAAAAGAAAGCCCUGAAUCCAGAUGCUCCUCCAUUUACACCCAAGUUGACUAUGCAGGAUAGGGGCGAAGGUACAACUGUAGGGACGAAGAAGAAAAAACACGAUAUAGUAAGAGCUCCCGGGGCGAAUAAGGGCCCAGGGACACCCUUUUACGGCCAUGCAUGGGGCGAGCCUUCAGAAAGCACUGGGCAAGAGGAAAGUUCAGACAGUGGAGAGGAGCCCUUAACGUAG